AUGUUGACGCGUCUCUUCAGCGAACCCAGCUUGAUCCCAGAAGUUCAGAAAUUCUCCAGCUGGGCGGACGAUUGUGAAGAGGAUGAUUCGAGCGACAAAGAGGAGCGGAAAAGCAAAAGCUGCCCUCUUCAGGAGGACCCGAACGACUCGGAGGUAAAAGAGGAGAACGACCUGGGUGCCGAUGAAGAGGAGGAGGAGGAGGAGGAGGAAGGCAUCGAGGAAGCGGAAGGCGAUCGGCCUAAGAAACGAGGCCCCAAAAAAAGGAAAAUGACCAAGGCUAGGCUGGAGCGCUCCAAGCUGCGACGCCAAAAGGCCAACGCCCGGGAACGCAAUCGGAUGCACGACCUUAACGCCGCCUUGGACAAUCUCCGCAAGGUCGUGCCUUGUUACUCCAAAACGCAGAAAUUGUCCAAGAUCGAAACCUUGCGCUUGGCCAAGAAUUACAUCUGGGCCCUGUCGGAGAUCCUGCGCUCGGGCAAGAGGCCAGACCUGGUCUCCUAUGUGCAGACUUUGUGCAAAGGUUUGUCCCAGCCGACCACUAACUUAGUGGCCGGCUGCCUCCAGCUCAACUCAAGGAAUUUCCUUACUGAGCAAGGCCAGGAGGCGGGGAGAUACCACGGGCCCAACUCCACCUUUGCCAUGCAUCCCUAUACCUACCAGUGCUCGCGGAUCUCCAGCGCGCAGUGCGCUUCCAGCACCAUGGCUAGCUCCCACGCCUUGCGGACGCAUGCUUACUGCGCCACCUACGAGUCCCUCUAUGGGAAUGCCUCGCCAGAUUACAAUAGCUCGGAAUACGAUGGGCCUCUGAGCCCUCCUUUGUGCGUGAAUGGGAAUUUUUCCCUCAAGCAGGAUUCUUCCCCCGACCACGAGAAAAAUUACCAUUAUUCUAUGCAUUACUCCGCCCUCCCCAGUUCUCGCCCUUCCGGGCACAAUUUAGUGUUCGGAUCUUCGGGAAUGCGCAGUGGCGUCCACUCUGAGAAUGUUUUGCCUUACGACAUGCACCUCCAUCACGACCGAGGUCCGAUGUACGAGGAGCUCAAUGCUUUUUUCCAUAACUAG